GUUCGGAUUCGAAUUUAAUUCUCUCGAAAUCGAUAACGUUUUCCCCCCGCCGGUAGGGAAAAUUCCCCGAUUAGAAGGAAAAAAGUUGGAUUGCGUAAUGUGAAGGCCGCGCAUGGAGUCCAUUGAUUAGUCGGUUUGGUAGCGGUGGAGAGAACGUCCGGAUGUCUUCUCGAAGGACAAGUGAUAAAUUGUGAAGAGUGGCGUAUCGACCUCGUUCCAUUUCUGUUUUUCUACCAGUAACGACAUGCCCGCCUCGCAGGGAGUAGUGACGAUUCUGCACUUCAAUGACUGCUACAACGUCGAGACACAGCAGCAGGAGCCGGUGGGAGGCGCGGCGAGGUUCUGCGCCGCCAUUAAGAGUUUCGCCCACCUCAAUCCCAUGGUUUUGUUUAGCGGGGACAUCAUCGCACCAUCAAUAAUGAGCACGUUCACGAAAGGGGAGCAGAUGAUUCCGGUGUUGAAUUCCAUCGGCGUUCACUGUUCUGUGUAUGGGAACCAUGAUUUUGAUUUUGGAGUGGACAACCUGGUCGAUUUUGCCAAGCAGACGACUUUCCCAUGGUUAAUGAGUAACGUCAAUGACAACGACACUCAUCAGCCUUUGGCGGAAGGGAAAGUCAGUUAUGUUCUCGAGCGAAACGGGAAAAAGUUUGGAUUGAUAGGCCUAGUCGAAGAGGAGUGGCUCUCCACCCUGGCAACCAUAGAUCCCGAAGACGUCACUUACAUAGACUUUGUUUCUGAAGGACGUAAGUUGGCCAGGCAACUGAAAGAUAAGGAGGGAGUCGACUAUGUCAUUGCGCUAACGCACAUGAGGACGCCCAACGAUUGCCGUCUGGCCGAAAACGUGGACGAGAUAGACCUGAUUCUCGGAGGACACGAUCACAUCUUUGAAGUAAAGAAGGUGAACGGAAAGUACAUUAUCAAGAGUGGUACGGAUUUCAGAGAAUUCUCGAGAAUAACAUUGAACUUUUCCGACCCCGAAUCCGUCGACGUACAGUGUGAGAAGAUCGAAGUCACCUCGAAGUUUAGCGAAGAUGAAGAUCUAAGGCUGAAAUUAGUGAAGUACCAAGAUAUCGUCGAGGGGAAAAUGGAUGAGGUCCUCGGCCAGUUUUCCGUGGAUCUGGACGGUCGCUUCACAAGCAUACGCACUAGAGAAACCAACUUAGGUAACUUUGUCUGCGAUAUAAUGUUAUCAUCUACUCAUUCUGAUCUGGCCCUACUGAACUCUGGCACUCUGAGAUCCGACCGCAUACACCCAAAGGGAGACUUCACUCUCAGGGAUUUGGUUACACUGUUACCUAUGAUGGAUCCUCUGGCUGUCGUAAUUGCAACCGGUUAUCAGAUCUGGCAGGCUUUAGAAAACGGAGUGUCUCAGUAUCCGAAAUUGGAAGGAAGAUUUCCGCAAGUAUCCGGAGUGAUCUUUGCUUUCGAUCCCAAUAAACCUCCCGGAAAGAGAAUAGAUCCUAGUUUCAUAAAAAUCGGAGAUGAAUAUCUCGAUUUGGAGCAGAAAUACAGAUUAGCCACUAAAAACUAUCUGUGUCAAGGGAAGGAUGGUUACGACGUUCUCAAAGAUUGCGAAGUUGUGCUGGGCGACGAGGAAAGUCCAGAGCUACGCACUGCAGUUCAAAACCAUUUUGAGAGCAUCAAAAUAGUGAUGGGAAGAGUAAACCAUCGAUCCCGACAUCGGCAGAGUCUAGUCUGUCUUUCUCGUAGGGAUAGUCUGCCGCACAGCGUCGUAAAGAUGUUCGAAGACAGCAGCUUACAGAUGCGAGCUCCCAUGAGGAGAGGAGUCAGCUUGGAUGCGGCUGCUAGGCGUACAAUGUUCUUAAUGCAACAGCCCUCCCUAGAUAAGGUUGAGUACGAGCAGUGUAAGUUAGAACCUAGAGUGGAAGGAAGAAUUUCGCUUUUGACCGAUCAGAUGAGAGAGAUAUUGGCUAAAGAAAGAGAAGACAGGGGUUGCAGUCUUAUACAGGAAGUGAUUGAAGAAGACGAAGAAUCCAUUUUAGAAAAUGCUGACAAUGUCUAACUGACGAACGAAUUGUUUUGUUUAUAAAUAGUUUAUUAUUUUUAAUGCAUUAGUUUAGUUUUAUUUAAAGUUUUAUAUGCACUCAUUCUUUGCCUUAAAGGGAAAACAAUCCAAGAAGUUGGAGAUUUGCACAUUAUAGUUUACUCAUUGCAUUUUAGGUUUGGAAGGAUGUCUGAAAGUCUGACUUUGAUGUGGAAACUAUCUUUCAACCGAGGUUUUUCUUUUUGUAGAAAAUGCAAUGCAAAGUGUUUAGAAUUCCACAUUACUUGCAGUUUAUGUACACAGGUUUAAUUUACAUAUUAAAGUAACCUUUCUAGUUUCUUCAGUUCUUUAAUCACUGUCAAAUUACUCGCCAAAUUUUACAAAACAUUACUGCAACUGUUGUUUAUUAAACUAAGUCCACAAGCGACAGUUCGGGAUUUAAAGACAGCAUCAGGAGUACGAUGCGAGUCUAAGGAAAUCCAUCCAUAAAAGCUAGAUAUCAGGAUGUAAUUGAAUCUUCCCAAUUCUUAAAUAGCUGGAUUAUUUUGAUUAAUCAAAUAUUUGAGCAAUAAUCUGUUGUAUCUGUGUCGUAAAUGCCUUUCUAGUUCUUUUUAGCAUGUAUAUCCAUAUAUGAUGUGUAAAUACAGACUGAAGGAGAGAAUGUACAGAAUUAAAAGAAAAGAAAAAAAAAAAAAAUGGAUGCGUGUACAGUGUGUGGUGGAAGAGUAUAACUUAAUGUCGGCAGAGAAUAUGUAAAGAUUCUUGUAAUUAUCAUUAAGCCUUCCUGAAUUGUCAUGGCUGAGCUUCUUUCGUAUGUAUGCAUUUUGACAAGCUAACAGUCCUCUAUUUGGAAAUAAAAUGAUCAAAUUAA